UCAGUUUGUGUCAACGAAGACUUGUUAAAGGUAUGCGUACGAGAGCAGAGAAGGGGUUCAUGGUGUACUUAGUAAAGGUUCACGAAUCAAAAGAGAUGUACGACUCCUGGCUUUGCGGAGGAGCUCUGGUCACUACAACACAAAUACUGACUUCAGCCGCCUGCAUCAUAGAUUUAGACAACAUAUACGCCAUAGCUGGUUAUAGAAAAUAUGUUAGCGGUAUGGAUUUGGAUACAGAUAACUGUACUAGGAUGAAGAAACAGAAGGUUGUUAAGAUUCGAGUACCACGGGAACAUUUAGCACACGUACACGAGUACAAGAACACAACACAAUGGAUGACUUUAGACAUUGGAGUGGCGACUGUAGAAGAACCGUAUAACUUCGAGGAUAUGUCGUUCCGUGUCUAUUGUUCUUACGCACCGGCCGCAAUUGAAAUAAAUUACAAUUUAAACGUGGAUACUAAAAUAGGUAGUAGCGUUGUUGCUUUGGGAUGGGGACGUGAUCGAGGAAGUAAGACCCAAGAUCUAGUAGAUCGGAACUCUGAAACCCUUCGAGAAGUGUCCACAACACUGAGAGACAAGCAAGAAUGCAUAGAGCAAUUUAAAGGCAAUGGAUUAACGGAAAUGAUUGAGAAAUAUAUGAUUUGUACUAACGGUAAAGGAGCGCUUGAUGCUGAAGGGUACAUUAUUGAGAAUGCGGACGAAAAGGCUUAUAACAAAUGCUUGAACAUGCGACGGCAAGUUCAGGUCUCCGAUGAUUUUAAUUUUGAUGAGGAGUGUAAUAAUUUUGAUAGUAUUAAUUUUGCAAAUACACGAAAAUCUAACUCGGAUAAUAUAGAGGUAACAUUAAAUGACACACGUAGAAUUAAGGGCAAUAACGAUAAAAAGGGAACAUCACAACAAUCUAGAAGACAAGGAAUUUGUCAGAACGAUCAUGGCGGACCACUCAUCACAUGGGUUGGCACAACAGAACUUCUGAUAGGAGUAGCAGUGAACAGUCUAUACGAUUCUGACUACAACUGUAUUGGUCCAUAUUUAUUUAUCAGCACAGCGGCUGCUGGCGACAUUAUAAAGUGUCUACUCACAGAUAGUAAUGAAAGUUCCGCACGUAAGAAUUGUCCAGCAGAGAUAUUAGACGACUUCGAUAUAUUAGAACAGUCGGUUGACUCCGAUCCGCCGCCAAGACUAUGGUCUCCUAUAGAAGAGCCACCGACGACGGAGACUACUACAAAAAAUCAUCCGUCACCCAGAACAAAUGACCCUGAUGUUAAUGCUGAUGAUGAGUUGCCUGAUAUGGAAGUAGUUAGCAUAUAAUAUGUUUUUAUUUUA